CGACAUCGGGGCAAAAUAUUUGAUUGUAAUGAAUUUCUUUAUUUAAGUAAGCCUCUUUUUUUUUCUUUCUUGUCGACAACUUUAUCUCUUCUUCUUUCAUCUUUUAUAUCUUUUUAUAACAAUGCUUACUUACAUGGAAGUACAUCUCUACUUCACUCUACCCGUGGUUGGGUUGUUGUAUUUCAUUUUGAAGCCCUUUCAUAGCAAGCAAGACAAUCUCAAGUAUCAAUUUUUAACAGCUGUUGCAGUCACCACAGCCAGUCUCUGGGACAAUUACAUUGUUUAUCACAAAGCCUGGUCUUACUGUCCUACCUGCGUUGUUGCUGUCAUUGGUUAUGUGCCUCUGGAAGAAUACAUGUUCUUUGUAAUUCAGACAUUAAUGACUGUCUCCUUUUCAAAUCUCGUCAUGCGCUGGCAUUUACCUACUUUUUAUAUUAAACCCCAGGUCUCGGUUUAUCAGUCUUUAUUUGUCCGUUUCAUUCCUAUUUUUGGUUUGUUGACAAUUGCAUACAAAGCUUGGAACGUGGCGAUACCUGGUAAAUCAUUGUUUUAUGGUGGUUGUAUCCUCUGGUAUGUCUGUCCUGUCUUGGCUUUACUCUGGUAUGGAGCGGGUGAAUAUAUGUUACGUCGUCCUCUUGCUGUCUUGACUUCAAUUGUGGUGCCUACCAUCUAUUUAUGCUGGGUUGAUAGAUAUGCCAUCCGAGCCGGCACAUGGGACAUCUCUCUCCAAACAAGCACCGGUAAAAUGGUUGUUCCACAUUUACCUCUGGAAGAAUUCAUGUUCUUUGCUUUGAUUAACACGGUGUUAGUAUUUGCUGCCUGUGCUAUUGAUCGUGCUCAAGCCAUCCUCCAUCUGUUCAAGACUGAGUCUGUCUAUAAGACACACACGCAAGCACCUUUGGUUCAGAGAAUGUCGGAGCUGUGUUGGGCGUUUUGUUUACCGGAUCAAAUGUUAAAUAAUGAAACGUUGCAGGAUCUCUCGAUUAGCUGGGAUAUAUUGAAAAAAGCAUCUAAAUCAUUCUAUACUGCCUCCGCUGUAUUUUCAAGUUACGCUCGUCAGGAUCUGGGGAUUCUCUAUGGCUUUUGUCGUGCAACCGAUGAUCUUUGUGACGAUGAAUCCGUCUCUGUCGAAAAACGUAAAGAACAGCUCAAUUUGACGCGUCGUUUUGUUCAGGAUAUCUUUAGUCAAAAAACAAAUAUGCCAGUGGUGGACUGGGAAUUUUACAAUCGUCAGUUACCAAGCUCAUGUGUAUCUGCAUUCAAAACUUUCACCCGAUUACGUCAUAUUUUACAUGUGGACGCUAUUGAAGAACUAUUGGAGGGUUAUGAAUGGGAUCUAGAACGUAAAGAAGUGCGUACGCAAGAAGAUCUCUAUAAAUAUUCUGCUUGUGUGGCCAGUAGUGUGGGUGAAAUGUGCACACGUAUCUUGUUAUUCCAUGAUUAUCGUGAAAGUGAUGCCUGGAUUAUCGCUCGUGCUCGUGAAAUGGGGCUGGUACUUCAACUUACGAAUAUCGCCAGAGAUAUUGUGACUGAUAGUCAAGAGUUGGGUCGCUGCUACUUGCCUAUGGACUGGCUUACAGACAAUGAAAGUAGUCUCAUUGCGGCUGGUAAAGCGCGUGAGUUGGGUGAUUCACGAUUAUUGCAACUAUCCAAAACCUUAAUCCGAGAUGCAGAGAGUAUAAUGAAAACAGCCAAUAAGGGAAUUGAAGCACUGCCAUUUCAUUGUCGAGGAGGAGUUAGAGCAGCGUGUAAUGUGUAUGCUGCGAUAGGUCAUGUGAUUCUAAAGGAAAGAAGUCAUUAUCCAACACGGGCACAUAUCAAAAGCAGUGGGCGAUCCAAGAUAGCUUUAUUGAGCGUGUAUGAUUUGUACAAGCACAAGACAGAGGCACCCAAAUCACGUCAGGGGAAAAUCAGAAGUUUCAUGGUUUAAGGGAAAAUUACAGUUUUACCAAAUAUAGUAACUAAAUUCUGUUAAAUCACAUGUAACAAUUACCCUAUUCUAAAUAAUAAUAAAAAAAAAAAAAUGAUCGGAUUCAACAAGCACAAAAAUUAAUUGAUUGGAUACGCAAGAAUCAUUCUCGACUUUCUACAAAAAAAAUUUAUUUUCGUCUUUUUUGGAAAUAAAAAGGAUGGGAAAAGGGGGAA